UAUCUUCAAAACAAAAUCAGCUAUAUAUAAUUGUUGUGCUUAUUAGAACCAUACAUUGACGGAACAACUAGUUGGAGCAUAGUCAAAAUGGGGAAAGUGUUACUGGCUUUUGUCGCAUGUUGCGUUGCUCAGGGAAUCUUGGGUUGCACUGAUCAUGCUGAUUGCAGCAAAUACAACAAAUCGAUUUGUUAUCAUUCUUGGUUGAAGACGAACUGCAAAAAUAAAUGUGGAUUGUGUACAGCUUCCACAUGUAAAGACUUGGUUACUACUGGACAGUGCCAAAAUUACAAAGGAUUGUGUGGCAAGAACACUUGGGUUGACAUAAACUGCAAGAAAACUUGUGGCACGUGCGCAGGAGGUGCCACUACACAACCACCAACGAAAAGUCCGACAGCAUGCACCGAUAACUCUUACUGUAAAAGAUAUCAACAAUCACAAUGUAGUCAUGCUUGGUUGAAACAAAACUGUAAAAACAAAUGUGGUUUAUGCACAGGGGCGAAAACGCAGACACCCACUCAAGGGCCAACUGCUGCUCCAGGUAGCUGCGGCAUUCCAUCUAUUAGCCAAAGUCGAGUGAUUGCGGGCGAAAAUUCAAAACAAGGUCAAUGGCCAUGGCAAAUUGCAAUGUUGAAAAACGGACGAUUCUCUUGUGGAGGUUCCUUGAUUUAUCCACAAUGGGUUGUUACAGCUGCUCAUUGUGUGCCAGGUGCACGAGCUUCUACAAUAAAAGUAGUGCUAGGAGACCUUGUUCGUGACUCGAAUAGUGGAACAGAGGAAACAAUACAAGUCGAAAAAGUGAUCUCACAUCCUUCCUACAACAAACCCACUCGUUUCAAUAAUGAUAUUGCUCUGCUUAAAUUAUCAAAGCCGGCAAAAUUAAGUCAGCACGUACGUACAGUGUGUCUGCCCAACCAAGGAGAGGAAGUUCCGGUCGGAAGCAAAUGCUACAUAUCAGGUUGGGGAAAGAUUGCACAUCCUGGCCGAUCAACCAACAAACUACAACAUGCAAGCCUAGCUAUUCUCAGUAAAACAGAAUGCGUGUCACGCAACAAAAAAUACGGUACCAUAACCGAUCGCAUGGUAUGCGCCGCCAACAAGGCUGGGAGUCGACAAUCCGGCUGCCAUGGUGAUUCAGGAGGUCCUUUUGUAUGCCAGCAACCAAACGGAAGCUGGAAAUUACAUGGUGCUGUUAGCUGGGGUUCUCCUAGGUGUGAUAUUAGCGAUGCAAGCACUGUUUUCGCUAGAGUGUCUCAACUUAGAAGUUGGAUUGAUCAAGAGGUUAACAACAAUUAAAAAUUGUAGCUGUAGUAUUUUUAAUAAAUAAGAUCACGCAAUUAAA